UAGAUCAGUCCCGUGGUUUGUACAGUCGAUUUUUCCUCCACUGUUCCUGUGAGCUGGUACAUUCAGUAUCAGCCUUCAAGCACAGUCAUAAUGGCAGAUAUUAGCAAAACCGAAAAGGUUCAGCUGCACGCUCCAGACUUGGAGGAACUCCGUGGUGUGCUACAAACAGGACUGGAAGACAACUUUGCUGAAGUUCAGGUGAGGGUUGUGGAGUGCCCUGAUCUCACAGAGGAGCCUUUCUACUUCCCUGUCAAAGGCUUGUGUGGAAAGCCUCGCAUCACUGAUGUUGGUGGUGUGCCGUACCUGGUUCCGUUGGUUCAUAAGGACAAGGAAUACAACAUGAACACUGUAUCAAAGGAGGUGGAGCUGCCAGGAGCCUUCAUCCUCGGUGCAGGAGCUGCUCCCUCCAGAAUUGUUGGAAUGAACGCAGAGCUGAUGCCUCUGGUUCUGACCGAAGCGGAGGGGAGGCCUGCAGUCAACAGCAGCUACUUCUCCUCCAUCAAUCCAGUCGAUGGCCAGUGUCUGCAAGAAAAGUACAGUGACAAAUUCUCUGACUGCAACUUUGGACUGCUGGGCAAUCUGUACGCUUGUGAAGGCAAGUCUGGAAAGGUCAUAGAGGUGAGGGCCAAGAAGAGGACGGGAGGUGACAGUCUUGUGACCGCCAUGAGGACGACUCUGGAAGGUCACUACCCGGAUAAAAGCCUGGCUCUGGGAGGCACCUUCAUCAUCCAGAAAGGGAAGGCUAAAAUCCACAUCAUGCCGAGAGAGUUCUCAGUCUGCCCGCUCAACACCAACGAUGACGUCAACAACUGGCUUAAGCACUUCGAGGUCAGAGCCCCGCUCAUCUGCCAGUCGGUGCUGGUAUCCAGAGACCCUGGUUUGGACCUGCGGGUGGAGCACACCCACUGCUUCAGCCACCACGGAGAGGGUGGCCACUACUACAUAGACACCACACCGGACACUGUGGAGUACCUGGGCUACUUCGUGCCUGCAGAGUAUGUCUACCGCAUCGACAGGCCCAAAGACACCCAUGGAGUCGGACGAGAUUGAAGGACGCAUAAAUGAACGAAUGAUAUUUGCAGCACAGCAUCUCUUAAUGAUCUAGAUGAUUCAAGCAGUGUAUGAUUCAUGUGAGGUUUUUGUAUUCUAAAAUACACAGAAACUUAGAAUUUUUAAAUGAAAAUGCGUCAUAACUGUAAAUCUUUCCUCUAUCACAAAUCUAAAAAAGCCUUAUACAUUUCGUAUGUAAUAAACAGUGUUGAAUCUGGA